CGUAGCUUUGAGUUCCUCCCUGCACCUCGAAUACACGACCAUCUAGGCCCCCGAUUUCUAGAACCACAUACACUGUGUACAUUGUGCGGGAAAUUUAACCAAUCUACAAAUUCACAAGUUUCCGAACACGUAAGUGGUCGAAUUCUGGCUAAUCUUUGCUCGUCCUUAGACGCGACCUUUCGAGCCCGUCACAUACAGUACAUGACCAACUUUCGCUUUCUUCCUCUCCAUCUAAUAAAUCGCCUCUGCCUCAAUUUACUUCUUUCAUUUUCCUACUUUGUCAAUUACGCACCGUGCACGUGUUUGCUCGCUGCCAUGCGCGCUCCAUCUGCACGAAUCUAUGGCAAAAUAUUGCCCGUGUUCGCUACUCCGGCCACUCCUUCAUCAACGCGACCCUCCCCCCUUCCUUCACUCUCCACGCGGUUAUGCAAUCUACCCGCUGAAGUAUAUCCCUUUCGUCCGCACGCGGUCAUAGUCAGACACUCAUCAAUGCCAUGCGAGCGGAAGGCCUACCUACCUAUCGUCCUCCAAAUUCGCCCCCAAUGUAACACAGAGGAUGCACCACACCGCUGCACCGACGCCCAAAUUAAUCUGAUUUGCCUGCUGAGGGCAUCAUGCAGCCGCAGGAAAUUCAGAAAACCCCGCCGCCCGCCUACCAAAGCAAGCAAGCAAUGUGACCCUGUACCUGAAGACGCGACGCGAAUGCAAAGACCACCGGGAGGGAAAGCUGGGGUCGAUCUUGGUAGGUAUGCUUGACGAUCGCGCUGUGUAAGAGGUACAUACGUGGUGGCGGAGGAGAUCCAGAUGUGUGUGAAUGCUGUAAGCUUUAUGUCCGUGGUGGUAUGCACAGAAGGCGACAACGUCUACACAGUGCAGAGUACAUCGACGACAAUCGAC